AACACUGCGGGAAUCCGGACCCAGCGCUCGGGCUUCAACCGCCACGAGCAGAACGUCUACCUGCUGCCUAUCCUGGUAGUGGAUAGCGGGCCUCCCGCCCUGAGCUCCACGGGCACCCUGACCAUCCACGUGUGUGGCUGUGACCCGGAGGGCGCCAUCCAGUCCUGCAAUGCCACCGCCUACGCCAUUAGCGCCUCACUCAGUCCCGGGGCCCUCAUAGCUCUACUGGUCUGCAUGCUCAUACUCAUAGGUAAGCAUGGACCAAAGUGAAAAUGGAACUGAGUUCCUUCAAAUUUAGCUGCGCUUGAUUGAGCUUGCCUGGCAUAAAAUAACCAACAGAAUAGUCCUAAAAGUGGAACCCCAUCCUUUUGGCACUGUAGGCAAUCAAAUGCUCAAAGUAUUUGGAAAGGAAAACAAAUGUUAUUGGAAUCCAGGUCUGCAAACCAUCUGUUUGUCUGCUUGUACAGUUUUUGGGCCAAAUAAUUUUGGGAUUUAUUUUCUAUUUACUGAGUCACAAAUUAAUGAAACGGCCCUCUGGUGGAAUAAGUCAACUGUAAAGACAAUCUGGAGAUAGGAUGAAAUUGAAGGAUACAGAUUUUUCGGUAAACAUGGGAUUAACUAUGUUUACAACUGGCAUUAAUAAAGGAAAGACAUCUGCUCUGGAUGAUCUGACGGGGGUCUAUCAGGACACAGAACAGUGCUUUUGUUUUAAAACAGCAGAGAAGCAGACAAAUAUAUACAGGAUAGGGAAUACAGUUAUAGGUAUGUGGCACAUAUGAGUAUACGGGAAUAAUUCAAAACAAUGUGAAUGAGACAAUAGAGGGACUGUAAAACCAAAGUACAGUCUACCUCUACAGCUGUAUCCUUCAUUCAUGAAUGUCAUGUAUCUAUGAUUAGUUUUCUUCAUAUUUUUCGUCCAACGAGUGACGUUGCAGUCGGGCAACUCUCAACCCCCUUUCAUGAGCUUUUCUCCAAGUGGAUAGUACUUACAAUCGUUGGACUUUAGGAAUGACAUCAAACCACUCUGCUCCCUGAAAUAUGGUGGGAGGGGGAGCUGAAUGGUGAGAGUGGGAGGCCUAGUAGAAAGAGGGGGGGGGGGGCUGCAUCAGCACUCAGGUCCCCCUGGAACAACGCUCUUUAAAUAGACAAGGUUUUCCAGACAUUCUCAGAUACUAGCAUUCACACACACAAAACUCUCAGCAGGAGUGCUAGGCGAGAGAAGAUUUUGUAUUGUCAUCUUUGGAAGUUUCAGGAGUAGCUUUAAAGUCUUGCCUCGUUAAUACUGGCAAAACGUUCUUUUUUUUGGCAGCGGUUGAAACGUAAGCAGAGUACGUCGUCGUCAGUUUAUUUUCGGUCCCCUCUGCGUACUUUUCUAACCUGUGUUUCACAUCUCGUUUGUUUUGAAUGACUGAUAAACAGGCUGGGGCUUCAUCCCAAAUGGCACCCUAUUCCAGGGCCCAUAUUGCUCUGGUCAAGUAGUGCACUAGAGAACAGGGUGCCAUUUGGGAUGGACCUUGGGUCAUACAGUAUCUCUGAAUCAGGGAUCGGGUAUUGUUUUUAGGGUGGUUUUAAUAUAAUGUCUCCAUUAACUUAAGCGUAGUGAGCUUCAAAAGGAACCAAUAUUUUAUUCAUUGGGGUUUUUAAAAGCCUAUUUGGCCCUCAACCAAAAUGAUUAUGUACAAACCUGAAGCAUGCAAGCUUAACUAUAAAAAGCAGUCGUUAAAAAGUACUGUGUUUUGGGUGGUACUAUAGCUGUACUACCACAAAGGGUCAUUUCCAUUUCAAUUCAGGAAUUAAACAGAUAUUUUAAUUCCAGUUUUCCCCAAUGCAUUUCAAUGCGGAACAGUAGGAAAUGGAAUAUCAUUGUACUUCCUAAAUUAACUGAAUUGAAAUGGCACUUAUCCUAACCCUGCUAUCUCAGUAACGCUCCUGUCUUCAAAAACAAGCUGUCCAUAAUAUUGCCCAUUGUUUAGAGGAAUAUUAGAUAUUAAAUAUGAUGUGGUGUAUGUUUGGUGAAGCAAGUGGUGAGUAGCCUAAGUUGAAAUGGAAAAAAAACAUUGAUAUCUGUCAUUGAUACCCAUUUACUGUUCGCAGUGUAAUUCUGCCAAUACCUUGGCUGAUUUGCACCCAUUUGAUCGCAGUUCAAGUGAUGUCAGAUACACACAAAUUAAUAUUGACUGAUUGAUAUUCAUUGGCAGAAAAUGGAAACAACACCUAUAUUAAGUGGCUAGAGCUCUAAGCAGCUCUAAGCCCACUGAGGUAUUGCCAAUUAUAGUGGAGGUUCUGGGCUGCGAGAGAGCUGAGCUGAGCUCAAGGGAAUGAGAACGGACAGUGCUGUGUUAACAGCCACCUUAUGUGUUAAUGGGCGAGAUGGAUUGGAGCAAAACAACUAACUUGCCUGUGGGUCGGCCUUGACUUCCCAACGAUCCACCCACACACAGAACACACACAAAGAGCGUAAACUCACACACACACACACACACACACACACACACACACACACACACACACACACACACACACACACACACACACACACACAGUAUAGAACCACACACAGAGCCUAGACACACACACAGAACUCACAAACAAAAUGUCUCCCACCAACUCACCCGUUGAUCUGUACGUGUUUGUGAGUGUGGUUGGGGGGGGAGAACCCAGCUCUCCGGAGGCGCCGGAGCACCUUAUUAGAUCAAUUGUGGCAUGAUGAGCAAAAUGAAAACACAUCUCUGCCUAAUUAGCAACAAACAAACAAUCCCUCCAUCAGUUCAUUUAGUGGGUGACGUGAUGAAUCCAUUUUGGCGCGGCGAGGCAUAUGCGUACAUCCGUUCCAAUUACGCCCCAUCUGCUGUGAUGAACUCCUGAGCUCGUGCGGCUAGGCGCAGCCCAAGGGUAAAUUGCCCGUCUUGUCAGGACUGCUUAUCGGAACACUCUGUACACAAAGGAGCAGCCACACGUUGGCGGGGCAGGUACUAUAUGUAUGCCGGACAUACCACAGGCUGUGCAUUAUACCAUGCAUAACAUGCAAAAUGUGACUUUGGAUUUGAUGUGUUAUGUUACCGUCGCUGUAACGCGGCGAAUAACAGUAACGUUGAAAGAUGUAAUUCAUAUCUCUUUAAGAAGAAUGAAGCAGCAAAUGUAUUACCUCUGAUUUCCACUAAGAUAGAAACCUAAUACUAUACUACACACUGUAGUAUUCCCCUUGAUCGUGUAUUGCUUACUAUAGAAUGUUGUAGUAUACUGUAGAAUACUAUACUACAAACAGUAAUAUUCCUUGAUCAUGUAGUGCUUACUUUAGAACGUUGUAGUAUACUGUGUAGAAUACUAUACUACACACUGUACUGGUCCUCUGUAGCUCAGCUGGUAGAGCACGGCGCUUGUAACGCCAAGGUAGUGGGUUCGAUCCCCGGGACCACCCAUACACAAAAAAAUAAAUGUAUGCACGCAUGACUGUAAGUCGCUUUGGAUAAAAGCGUCUGCUAAAUGGCAUAUUAUUAUUAUUAUUAUAACCCUCAAUCACGUAGUGCUUACUUUAGAAUUUUUUGAUCGAUUGGGACUCCAAGCUAGCUUUACUGCUACCUGCUAGCUUUGUCGAUGCUGUUUUGAUUUGAACGUGCUGUCCUUGGGGAGCUCAUGCCAGGAAUUUCCUUUGAGGUUCCCCCUCGAUUGUGUAGUGCUUACUAUAAAAUUGUGUAGUAUACUGUAGAAUAAUAUACUCCACACUGUAGUAUUCCUUGAGUGAUUGAUUUUAUUUGACUAUUUAAUAACACAAUACAACCACACAUUCGGAUACAAUGCAUUUAGAAAUGUGUUGAGAAUAACUAAACAAGUUUAAAAUGUGUUUCCACUGUUGUCCUAGUUCAAACAUCAAACAUGUUACACAUUUACAGCUCACCCACAUGAAAAAAAUACUAUAGUAUACUAUGGUCUAAAUACUGUAGUAUUACUAUAUUUAUAUACUAUAGUAUUUACUGUAGUGUUUUUGCGGGCAUGACUGUAGUAAUUACUGUAGUGUUUUUGUGGACAUGAAUGUAGUAUAUAGUAUUAACUGUAGUGUUUUUGCGAACAUGACUGUAUUAUACUAUAGUAUUCACCAGGAGCUCAAGGCAUUACAGAGGGUAGUGCGUACGGCCCAGUACAUCACUGGGGCCAAGCUUCCUGCCAUCCAGGAUCUCUAUACCAGGCGGUGUCAGUGGAAUGCCCUAAAAAUUGCCAAAGACUCGAGCCACCCUAGUCAUAGACUGUUCUCUCUGCUACCGCACGGCAAGCGGUACCGGAGCGCCAUGUCUAUGUCCAAAGGCUUCUUAACAGCUUCUACCCCCAAGCCAUAAGACUCCUGAACAGCUAAUCAAAUGGCUACCCGGACUAUUUGCAUUGCUCCCCCUGGUGGUACUAUCUGUUUAUUAUCUGUGCAUAGUCACUUUACCUCUACCCACAUGUACAUAUUACCUCAAUUACCUCAACUAACCUGUGCCCCCGCACAUUGACUAUGUACCGGUACCUAGCCUCGCUAUUGUUGUUUUACUGCUGCUCUUUAAUUAUUUUUUUAUUUUUUAUUUUCUUUACUUAUCUAAUUUUUACUGAACACUUAUUUGUCUUAAAACUGCAUUAUUGGUUAAGGGCUUGUAAGUAAGCAUUUCACUGUAAGGUGUAAGGUAUUCGGCGCAUGUGACAAAUAACAUUUUAUUUUAUUUAUAUAUACAGUACCAGUCAAAAGUUUGGACACACCUACUCAUUCAAGUGUUUUUCUUUAUUUGUAUUAUGUUCUACAUUGUAGAAUAAUAGUGAAGACAUCAAAACUAUGAAAUAACACAUAUGGAAUCAUGUAGUAACCAAAAAAAGUGUUAAACAAAUCAAAAUAUAUAGCCACCCUUUGCCUCGAUGACAGCUUGGCACACUCUUGGCAUUCUCUCAACCAGCUUCAUGAGGUAGUCACCUGGAAUGCAUUUCAAUUAACAGGUGUGCCUUGUCCCCAGUGAAAGUUGCGCCCCUGGUAUUCACUGUUUUUGCAGACAUGACUGUGGUAUAUUAUAGUAACACCUGCCGGUAAAAUGCUAAAACUACCAGACUCCAGUUACGCCAGUUACUGUUUAAUGAGGGGAACACCAACCAGAACAUAAGACAUGUUCGUGAGGGGCCACCUUUUGAGUUGAGUAUACAGUUGAGCAAUGCAAUGGAUCAGACAACACCUUAUCAAAAUUAUACAUAAUUUAUUACAUUUGUAACAUCUAAGUAUUAGACAGGUUCUAGGCCUAUUAAAGGGAAACAGAACAGAGGCAGAUAAAGAACAAGCAAAGUUGAUUAAAGCUUAGAGGAUUAGGUUUGCUUAUUUGACAGAGAUAAAUAACACACGUUAACAAGAGUACACCAAAAUGACUUAGCUCUGUUACUUCCACUAGAUAGCUUUCUGAAAUACAACAGUGCCUUCACAGAGAUUCAGCUGACCAUGUUCAAAAAGUGACAAAUACUGUACUUCUGGUGAUAGAAAAUAAACAGUUAACCACUGAAUUAACAUAAAUAAUAUAUAUUUCAGAAAUACAAAUUACUUUACAAAGACAGUCAACUUAUUGGAGGGUGCUGCCAAUAAACUGCCUGGACCUCAAACCAGCAAAGCCUCUCCAAACAAACCAACCGAAAACAAAAGGACAUUACUGCAGUGGCAAUAACAUUCCAGGUCCAAAGCCUGAGUCAAUACAUGGUAGAAUCACCUUUGGCAGUGAUUACAGCUGUGAGUCUUUCUGGGUAAAUCUCCAAGUGCUCUGCACACCUGGACUGUACAAUAUUUGCAAAUUUUUCUUUUACGAAAUCUUCAAUUUCUGUCAAGUUGGUUGCUGAUCAUUGCUAGCAGCCAUUUUCAAGUCUUGCCAUAGAUUUUCAAGCCGAUUUAAGUCAAAACUAUAACUAGGCCCCUCAGGAACAUUCAAUGUCGUCUUGGUAAGCAACUCCAGUGUAUAUUUGGCCUUGUGCUUUAGGUUAUUGUCCUGCUGAAAGGUGAAUUUGUCUCCCAGUGUCUAUUGGAAAGCAGGUUUUCCUCUAGGAUUUUGCAUGUGCUUAGCUUUAUUCUGUUUCUUUUUAUACUAAAAAACUCCCAAGUCCUUGCUGAUGACAAGCAUACCCAUAACAUGAUGCAGCCUCCACCAUGCUUCGACAACUGAAUGCAUUCCACGGAAAUGUGUCCCUCCCAGCAACCUUUCGGUUACUGGCCCAACACUUCCACCCGCCAGGCUACCUGCGCCCCCAUGAAGAGGGGUACACACUGAUGUGUAGUUUUGGAUUUGCCCCAAACAUAAUGCUUUGUUUCAUGUCAUAAAGAUAAUUUAUUAGCCAAUUUUUUUGUAGUUUUACUUUAGUGCUUUAAUGCCAACAGGAUACAUGUUUUUGAAUAUUUGUAUUCUGUACAGGCUUCCUUCUUUUCACUCUGCCAUUUAGGUUAGUAUUGUGGAGUAACUACAAUGUUGUUGAUCCAUCCUCGGCUGUCUCCAAUCACAGCCAUUAAACUCUGUAACUGUUUUAAAGUCACCAUUGGCCUCAUGGUGAAAUCCCUGAGUGCUUUCUUUCCUCUCCGGCAACUGAGUUAGGAAGGACGCCUGUAUCUUUGUAGUGACUGGGUGUAUUGAUACUCCAUCCAAAAUGUAAUUAAUAACUUCACCAUGCUCAAAGGCAUAUUCAAUGUCUGUAUCUACCAAUAGGUGGCUUUGCGAGGCAUUGGAAAACCUCCUGAGUCUUUGUGGUUGAAUCUGUGUUUGAAAUCCACUGCUCGAUUGAUAAUUGUAUUGUGUGGGGUACAGAGAUGAGGUAGUCAUAAAAAAAUCUAAUUGCACACAGUACAACUUAUUAUGUGACUUGUUAAGCACAUUUUUACUCCAGAACUUAUUUAGGCUUGCCAUAUAAAAGGGGAUGAAUACUUAUUGACAUAAGACAUUUCAGCUUUGCGUUUUUAAUUAUUUUGUAAAACUUUCUAAAACAUAAUUCCACUUUGACAAUAUGGGGUAUUUAUUAUAGGCCAGUGAAACAAAAUCUCAAUGUAACCAUUUAAAAUUCAGUCUGUACUACAACAAAAUGUGGAACAAAUCAAGGGGUGUGAAUACUUACUGAAGGCACUGUUAAUGAAAGUCGUUAGUGAGCUGGCCCCCUGAUGGCCAUCAUCACAUGCAGGAUUAGUCAAUGUUCAAGGAUGGAGGUGAUAGCAUAUCAACCUCAUGCCGCGUGGAACGGAAAUGGCUUCAAUCCCAAUUAUAAUAGUAAUGGUAAUAGUAGUGAUAUACAUAUUCAUCGUCAUAUUACUUCAAAAUAGUAAUGAUCAACAUUAAUGUUUGAAUAUUCAUAUAGUUAUUAUAAUUAUAUUUUUAUUUCCACAUUUGAUUAAGACACUUUUAAUUAGUGUUGUCAUAGCGCUGACAUUUAGUUUGGUAAGUGGUAGACAGGAAGUUAUAAUUAAUUAAUUAAUCAAUCGGAGUCCCUCCGGAAUAACCAUAUGUCUGGAGAAUUGGGCUACAGCUAAGUGGAAGUUUUCUAGUCAGACAUGGAGGCAGUCAUUAAUAUAAGUAAGCUUGGAUUAAAGCCCUAAUUGAUUUAUUGGGAUGGAUACAGCUUUUUUUUUCUCCGCCUCAUUAGACUAUUAAGUGAUCCAUCUCAGUUGUUUUCCUUUUUAAUUCAGACUUAAUUUUUAGUCAUUAAACCCUCUGUUGGUGGAGGCCAACACAGUAGAGCUCUGCUGUAACUUUUUGUCUGGUUCUACCGCAGCACGUCUCACUUGAAUAAGUAUUGAUGAACAGAUCAGCCUCUAUUAAGCGUUUGAAAACAUAUUUCUGGUUGAGCAAUUAAGAAUUUUGCUUCGUGCACCGGAGGAGAAUCGAUGCCUAUGCAUUGGAAAUGUUACUCUUCAUUAUUUAAACUGUAUUUUUUGGUGUGAAAUCAAAGUUGGAAAAUCAGAGAUGAAAAAGGAAAGGGCAAACUUUUUCCUAAUAAAUAGAAAAAAAUAUGUUUUAUUAGCCACUCACCACUUUCACAAUCCAAUAUUCUUCAUUCAUCUUGUGUUAUUCCCCUUUGUGCUUGAGAGAAACUUUACAAAAGGGCAGAUGUUUAUGUUCACUCUUAUAAUUCAUUAGUCUUCGCCUCAUGACGUGAAAUUACUCUCUACCAGCUACUCUCUGAAAGUUUCUCCAAAUGUUCACUGGCAACUCCAGAUAAUAAUCCAGAGCUUUGGCUCACAACUUCUGCACAGUGCAGACACACUUCAUAGGCUCUGACUUCCACUGUUGAUGCGGCUGAUCCCUAAACCCCUUAAUCCCUAAUCCCAUGCUCUUUCUCCACCUUCUGCAGUCCUGGUGCUGCUAAUCCUGACCCUGAAGCGCCACCGCAAGGGCCAGAGCAUGUCGGAGGACGAGGAGGACAUGCGCGACAACGUCAUCAAGUACAACGACGAGGGCGGCGGCGAGCAGGAUACGCAGGCCUACGACAUGAGUACCCUGCGCAACCUCUUUGACUUUCCAGAGGCCAAGAGUGGCUCGUCCGAGUCGGGCCCUGACCUACGCACGCUGCCCCAGUGGUUCCAGGGACGGAUGAGUGGUGACGGCGGGACGGCCGACUUCUCCCUCUUCAAGGGCUACAUCCUCAAGAAGGUGGAGCAGGCAGACGCCGACCUGUCGGUGCCGCCCUACGACUCAUUCCAGACGUACGCCUUCGAGGGAACCAGCUCUCCGGCCCUCUCCCUCAGCUCCAUCCACACCCUGUCCACCACAUCCGAGCAGGAUUUCUCCUACCUCAGCGACUGGGGGCCGCGCUUCAGGCAGCUGGCUGGAUACUACACCACGGGACAUCCUGAGGAAGACGGCUCU